AGGCAUGUGGCGCCCGGCGACAGACCCUGAAGUCAAGUGUCAUUACAUGCAUGAUCUGCAUGCUGAUGGUCAUACUCUCUCGCCUCCAGCUAGCUAGAGCCACCGCCGCGUGUCCUCUCCAUGUCGCUUCCUGAUUGGUCCGAGCCCGUUACUUAUGCCGUCGCACAUCAUCACUCACCACGCACACUGCCGCCAGGACUCAGGAGCGCGAGAGUGGAGCGCCCUGAAAGCACUUCACAAACUGAUAAAUAAAGCACGUGGGGAACGCGACUGAGAGGCCGAGGCAGCCACAUGGCGAGAGGCGUUGCCUCCAACCCGCUAAUGCUUUCGCUCGAGGCGGCCGUGCUGCUCCUCGUCGCCGCCGGGGUCCCCGCGGCGGCCCUCCGCGACGACAUGGACGCCAUUCGCGUCCCCACCCAUGUCAGAGGCGUUGCUGACCUUGUCACGGCGGUGGCGCGCGCGACGAAGGGUGACGAUGAGAAGAGGCCGUGGAAGUGCUGCGACCUCGCCAUGUGCAUGAGGUCGUGGCCGCCGAUCUGCCGGUGCCUCGACGAGGUCGAGCGCUGCUCCGGCGCCUGCAGGAACUGCGAGGAGACGGGGGACUCGCGCCGCACCUGCGUCGACUGGUACAAGGGCCAGCCCGGGCCCCAGUGCCACCACAAGGACGCAGCUGAGCGACAGGCGGCAGCUGCUGCUGACGCGGAGAAGAAGGGCGGCGACGAGAAGAGGCCGUGGAAAUGCUGCAGCCUGCCCAUCUGCACCAGGUCGCAGCCUCCGAUCUGCCACUGCUGGGACGAGGUGAAGCGCUGCUCCAGCGCCUGCGUGCACUGCGAGGUGGUGGAGGGCUCGUCGGGCGGCCCGCGCCGCUACCGCUGCCUGGACACGCACCACGGCGACCCCGGGCCGAGGUGCCGGGAGAAACAGUGGGCGCCGACCGUCGCCACCAGCUACCGUUUCUAGCUAGCUAGCGGCUAGCGCAGACGUUUGUUGCGACGCUGAUCGAUCGAUCAGCGUUGCUGCGUGCCCUUGGUGACCUCAUGUUAUGUUUCUGUUUGCUGUCCUAGGUAGUAGUAGUAGUAAGACUUGUUGUAAUGUGCUGUACUGUAUCAGUGUAUCCUGAUCGACCAGGAGGCUCCUCUGCUCUGAAUAAAUAAAGUGGACAAGGGGCAGCUGGUGCACGGUCCCGUGCAUGCA